AUCUGAAUUUAAACGUUGUCUUGGUAACGGUCUUUACAGGAUUUUAUUGUCAAAAGAAAAAAAAAAAAGGGAAAUAGACAAAACAAAAUAAAAAUGUUUCGCCGUGGAAAACUAGCCUUUCUAAAUACAAAAGAUGACCGGAUUAAGAUAAUAAAUGAACGGAUCAAUCUUACAGAGCGCCAUUUAAUGGAGAUGUGUUCUUCGUUUGCUUUGGUUACAAGGAAAAUGGCCAAAUACCGCGAUUCCUUCGAUGAGUUGGCCAAAGGUGUAAAGAGUUAUGCGGAUGACGAGGAAAUAAACGAGAGUCUUUGCCAAGGGCUUAAAAGCUUCACAAAUGCAGUCACUAUAAUGGGCGAUUAUAUGGACAUAAAUGUGCACCGGUUGGAACACAAGAUUGUCAACGAGUUGGCGCAAUUCGAACAGCUCUGCAAGUCCACCAGGGAUAAUCUUCGCUUGGCUGUCAUAGCCCGAGAUAAGGAGGUCCUUCGUCAACGCCAAAUGCUAGAGCUAAAGUCAAAGUUCUCGGCCAACAAUAGUGCCGCCGAUUCGGAGCUAUUUAAGGCCAAAAUGGAAGUUCAGCGCACCAACAAGGAGAUCGACGACAUUAUCGGGAAUUUCGAGCAGCGAAAGCUGCGCGAUUUAAAGCAGAUCAUCAGUGAUUUCAUCCUGAUUUCCAUGAAGCAACACACCAAAGCGUUGGAGGUUUUGAGCGCUAGUUACUAUGACAUAGGAAAUAUCGAUGAGCGCGACGAUUUUCUGGAGUUCCAGAAGCUAAUGAAGACCAAGGAGGAACCGACUGCUCGCAAGGCGGCUCUUAAAAAAGGCCUGCGCUCACAAUCGAUGGAUAGUUUGGAGCACGAACACCUGGUUAGUCCGUUGAAGAGACAUCAGAAAUUAUCCAGAAGUACCAAGAAUCUGGGAGGAGCAGGAAUCAAUCAUGGGAGUAAAACUGAGCCCGAGGAGGAAACUGAUGAGCAAGAUGAAGAAGACGAUGAUGAUGAAGAUGAGGAAACCGAGCAAAGUGGCGAGGAGGAAGAGGAAUCUGGAACCGCAACGGAUGAUGAAAGGGAACCCACACAGCCGAGCAGUCAGGUUACUCCCCGCGAAAAUGUUUUUGGGGCAAAGAUACGAACCACUGGCAAAGAUGCCGCCGCACCAUCGUCCAGUGUUAGUGCAACUUCUGCUCCUUUAAAGCCCACCAGGCAGACCGUCAAGCAUCCUUUCAAGGCGGUGGCAUCCACCCAUGUAAGGUUGCAGAAGCAGUUUCACGUGCCCCAGCACUAGCACUGAAAUUACAGCCCAAAAUAGAGCUCCUAGUCAACUAGAGGUCACAUCAGUAUUGCAGACUAUACAAGUCACACAACCAAAAAUAUCAACAAUGCUCAACAUAAAUAAAUACUAAGAACCAAAUAAAGCUUAGCUCAUCAUCCCAACAGUUUCUUAUGCUUUCUUGGACCACACAAUUUUGUUUUAAAAUCGUAGAAUUUAUAAGCAUACAAAUAUAAUUAAUUUGAAGCUACCUACCUAUUGUUUAAAAACUACUUUAAAACUAUUUACCUAAACCUUAUAAUUUGAUUUGCAGUUAUUAAACUUUGAGUUACCUGCUUAAGUUUGUUUUUAUAAAGUAUACUUUUCUAAAUUCUACCCUAUUUAUUCCACGCCUCAUGUCUUCAAGCGAAGUGUUUAAAGCCACUAGUUCAUUCCGUUUAAUAAAUCGGUUCCCUUUUAUAAAUAUUUACUUUUACCUGCAAAUAGCAGAUUUGCAUACACUUUUAAUGGUCACGGCUCACGAUUUGCAUUAUUUGUCCCAGAUAAACAAGGCUAAAUAUAUGCAUAACAUAACUAAUCAAGCGGAAAUGACACUGUUCCCUCCCCUUUUCUAUUUUACCGCCCUAUAACUUUGCAGGUGAGAAGGCGAAAAUCGGGAGCAGGUCGCCUGGUAACCGUUGUUAAAUCGAAGUCCUGAACCCCCAAGCACCAGGGAUUUUACAAUUCUCGAAUUUUAAUUAUAAAUACGAACUAAACGGCAAUAAUUCAAAAUUAUUGGCCUUUGCUCACAAAAGAAUUACUUUACUUAAAUUAUGAUGCUACCCGAAUGGGAGAAACUUAAAACUAUGCAAUAAACGGAUGAGCAAAUGUGUUUUUUCGGAGCAACUGGGUGCGGAGGAGAUU